AUGAAGCAUGUACAACGCUUCAAAGCCCGGAUUCUUGGGCGGUCGGAGUCGCCACCCAAGCCGACACUUGAGAACUCAUGCCCCCGCCUGGACGAGUCCUCAAGCAGUGUAACGGAGCCAACAAAAUCCCGCACUACCACACAUGGCCUAUUCAUAUUAGCGGACAGAAAGCCAGAUGAGGCAGGUCUCAUGGAUUUUCAAGUAGACAUUGUUGCGAUUCAUGGCCUUAAUGGAAAUGCAAUCUCAACAUGGCGACACGAGCCUGAUGGCACCGUAUGGCUUCGGGACCUCCUCCCCAAUUUUUUGCCUGGAUGUCGGGUCUACACAUAUGGCUAUCCUUCCAAAAUAUGGUCUCAAUCGUCCGAAAGGGUUCAGGAGUAUGCACUUAACCUUCUGGUUUCUUUAAGGGAUCUUCAGGAAGACUUAAAUGUCAGCAAACGAUCUAUAAUAUUUGUGUGCCAUAGUCUUGGUGGAAUUGUCUUCAAACAGGCGCUUGUUGCUGCUCACGAAAACGAUGACCUGUAUGGGGACGUACUGAAGUCUGUCCGAGGCGUCGUGUUUUUGGCUACUCCACAUAGAGGAAGUAAUGCAGCAAAUCUAGCCAGUAUUUGCGGUUCAAUUGUCAAUAGCUUCGCGUCUGCUGGAUUAGGACCGAAAACAGUGAGGACUGACCUGCUCAAAACUUUAAUAUAUGACUCGGAUACGCUCCAAGACCUGACGAUGUCAGCACGGAACCGUUUAGGCAAUGUUCACGUAGUUUCGUUCUAUGAAACUUUGCCUUUGCCAAUGGGCCCGCUGUCCUCCUCCUUGGUUGUCAGCCCUGCUUCUGCUAUGCUUGGCAUUCCAUACGAAGAAGUAAUUCCCAUGCCGGAAGAUCACAGGACUAUUUGUCGUUUUCCUGGCGAGACAGAAAGCUACUUGAAAGUGGCGAGAGCUCUUCGAAGGAUUGCCACUAAGUCCUCAAAUGUCGGCCCAACAAUCAAGCGCACCAGCACGCACUCAUCCAAUAUUGUCCUUAGUGGCUUGGAAAGAACCUGCAUGUUACUUCUUAGUGAUAACGAUGUCGCGAAAGAUGUUGAACCGCCCCCAAAGCCAGUCCCUGGCACAUGUCAGUGGAUUCGCGGCCACGAUUUGUUCGUCUCUUGGCUCGAAAAAGGUACCAAUGCUCUCCUGUGGCUUACAGGUCAUCCGGGCUGCGGUAAGACAAUGCUGUCCUACUCGUUGGCCCAAUAUUUCGAUGAUGCCUGCAAUAAGUCUCGGAAUGUCCUCAUCUAUCUGUGCCAGAACAAGAACAGGCAGACGGAUGCGAGGGCAGUACUCAUUGGCCUUAUCCUUCAGAUAAUUCAUCGCCAUCGCUCGCUUGUUAGAUAUAUUCGUUCAGCGUUUGAAAAACAAGGAUCAAGCAUCAUUCAGUCCUUCGCCUCGCUCUGGCGUAUUUUUCUUAGGAUUACGAUGGACCCCAAAUCCGGGCCCCUCUAUGUUAUUCUAGACGCGCUCGACGAGUGUGAGAAGACAUCGUGUCAUCAAUUGCUCGUCUCGAUAUCUGACAUGCUCACCGACUCUUCUCAGUCGAUGAAGGGUGGUAGCAGGGUCAAGUUUCUUAUCACAAGCCGACCAUUCCUUCACCAAUCCUAUGCCAACAGCCAAAAAGCGUUUCAAUCUCAAAUAUCAAUCGAUGAUGACCAAACUGGCUACACUGAAGAUCUUCAGACUUUCAUCCAAGAGCGAAUCCAAGAAAUUUCUCUCAACAGGCAAUUCUCAAACGAUAUCAGGGACUUUUUAUGUGAAGCGAUAAUGUCUAAAGCCGAUCGGACUUUUCUAUGGAUUCACAUGGUUCUCGCAUCGAUCGAGAAGAGUCUACUUACUUCGAGGAAAGAGUUCCAGAAGAUUAUAAGUAGCAUUCCUGAAGGCCUCGCCGAAAUAUAUCAUCGUUAUCUGACUGCCAUACCCUUGGAUCAUCAAGAGGACGCGUCAAAAUUACUAAAGCUACUUUUAGCAUGCUCCAGGCCCUUGAAUCUGGACGAACUCAACAUCGCAUUCACCAUGGACCCUUCGUAUACUACGGCUGAGUCGAUCAUGCAAAACUCUCAUAACUCAAUUGCUCACACUGUUCAGGGUAUCCUAGGGUCUUUAGUAAGGGUCACAGGGCAACAAGUAUCCUUGGUCCACCAGUCUGUGAAAGACUAUCUCCAAGAUCAAUACAUCGCUAGCAUCGACAGCCCUCCUGCGAUACGUAUGGUUAAUCCGCAAGGCUCCGCUCUACAGCUGGCUACUGUAUGCAUCCAAUACCUUCUUCUUGAUGAUUUCACAGUCGACUUCUUUCCAACAAAUGACUCGCCUACUUCGGUCAUUGCAGAAGAAACAGACGUAUUUGGCGAGCUACCUCUGGGCGACUUUGAAGGCGACUUUUGGGACCAAGAAGAUCACGACCUGGACUCUAAUACGUUGUUUCACGAUCCCGCUAUCCUGCAUCCUGAAAUCUGCGAUUCAUUAGUCUCAGACUAUCCUUUUUACACAUAUGCAUCGUUGUAUUGGGCAGAACACUUCGCUAGAUGCGAGGAAGAUGCACCAGAAGAGCUCAAAGAUUUUGCAAGAUCACUACUGAAUCCUGACACAGCAAAUUGCCGUAACUGGCUAAGCUUCUAUCACGUAAAAGCUCCAACACCACUAGAUGACGACCUCAUGGACCAGAAUCCAAUCAUCCUAGCAUCACAGUUCGACUCAUAUACUGUCCUAAAAAGUCUGCUUCUUGAUUGUGAGCCUUCUCAAGUCAUUAAAAAUCAGAGUCUUUACUGGGCGUCUCGACUUGGUCAUGACCGCAUCGUUACUGCUCUUCUACAGUCAGGUGCUGAACCUGAUACGCGGCAGCUGGAGGGGCAGACAGCACUCACAGUUGCAUCCGAGCACGGCAAUCGAUCCUGUGUCACAGCUCUGCUCGCAGACAGUCGAACCAAUGUGAAUGCUCCAGGCAGAAACGGACGGACUGCACUCUCGUUUGCCUGCGGAGGUGGACAUGAUGACAUCGUCAAAGAAUUACUGAACCAGAAAGCUUGUAAUCCCGACGAACCGGAUAAUGCAGGAGCAACCCCAUUCUUCUGGGCCGUAGGGGGAGGUCAUCACUCAAUCCUUUCCACCCUAGCAAGGCUUCGCAGUGUUGACAUCAACCACCGGGACAAGGCAGGACGUACAGCCGUUUCAUGGGCUUCCGGAGACGGCAUGGCCGACACCCUCAUACGACUACUAAAACUUCCACGCAUUAGUAUUAAUGCCAAAGACAAUAAAGGGAGAUCACCUCUCUCAUGGGCAGCAGGAAAUGGUUGUACGAAUGUAGUUGAAAUACUCCUCGCAAGUCCAAAAAUAGACAAGACGAGCAUCGAUAACGACAACAGAAAUGCGAUAUCAUGGGCCAGUGCGCGAGGACACUGUCAGGUUCUCAUCAGACUUCUUGAAGCAGGCUGCCCAGGAGUCGAUGCCGAAGAUAUCGAUGGAUGGACGCCUCUAACAUGGGCUAUCCAGACUGACUCACCCGAUACAGUUCAGGCUCUUAUCAAUGACGAGAACGUUCUGAUUGAACGGCGUGAUAGAGGUAGAAGGACUGCUUUGUCAUGGGCUGUCGAAUAUGGACAUAUAGAAGUUGUUAAAGUGCUUCUUAGAGCUGGCGCUGACACUGGGACACAAACUAAGAGUGGCAGAACCCCAGCGAUGAUAGCUAAGGACUUCGGCAGGGAUGACAUAGUAAAAGAACUCGAGGUGUAUGGGCCAUAG